UGCUUUACCAGACCUUCCGGUUCAUCCGAGUUCACCCUGCUGCUGUGUUUAUGCUCACAGUGAAGCGUCUCCGCCGUCAGUGAGGUCACUCGUCGUUCUCUGUGCAGGAGGCGUGCUGUCGGUCCCCCUGAGCUCCUGCUGCCAAGUGUGUGCGUGUGUGCGUGCGAGCCGUGCACCAUGACCAGCCUCCUGCGUGUUGUAGCGGCCAGCUGCUCCGCUCCCGUGUUCAGCGGGCUAGCGUGUGCCAAGAUACAGAGUGCCCGUGCGGUCAAGCUACCGUGCGUGCGCUACUUCCGGACCCAGCAGGCCCUGGCGAGAUGCGCCGCUCCAGGGAUCCCCUACAAGCAGCUGACGGUGGGCGUCCCUAAGGAAGUGUUUCUGGACGAGCGCCGCGUGGCCCUGUCCCCCGCCGGGGUGCAGGCGCUCAUCAAGCAGGGCUUCAACGUGGUGGUGGAGGCCGGCGCCGGCGACGCCUCCAAGUUCCCCGACGAGAUGUACGUGCAGGCGGGUGCCGCCAUCCGGGACGCCAAGGACGUGCUGGCGUCUGACGUCCUGGUCAAGGUGCGUGCGCCCCUGGUCAACGAGAUCGAGCUGAUGAAGGAGUCGGCCACGCUGUUCAGCUUCGUGUACCCGGCCCAGAACCCCGAGCUGCUGGAGUUGCUGGCCCAGAAGAAGGCCACCGUGCUGGCCAUGGACCAGGUGCCCCGCGUCACCAUCGCCCAGGGCUUCGACGCGCUCAGCUCCAUGGCCAACAUCUCCGGAUACAAGGCAGUGGUGUUGGCGGCCAACAGCUUCGGCCGCUUCUUCACUGGACAGAUCACCGCUGCCGGGAAGGUCCCCCCUGCAAAGGUGCUCAUCAUUGGCGGGGGUGUGGCAGGGCUGGCUGCAGCCGGUACUGCCAGGGCGAUGGGAGCCAUCGUCAGGGGAUUCGACACCCGAGCUGCAGCCCUGGAGCAGUUCAAGUCCCUGGGGGCGGAGCCUCUGGAGGUGGACUUCAAGGAGUCCGGAGAAGGCCAGGGGGGCUACGCCAAGGAGAUGUCCCCGGAGUUCAUUGAGGCCGAGAUGAAGCUGUUCGCCAAGCAGUGUCUGGAGGUGGACAUCCUAAUCAGCACAGCCCUCAUCCCCGGCCGGAAGGCCCCCAUCCUCAUCACCACGCCCAUGGUGGAGAGCAUGAAGGACGGCUCGGUGGUGGUGGACCUGGCCGCCGAGGCUGGAGGGAACAUCGAGACCACGGUGCCAGGAGAGCUCAGCGUUCACAAGGGCGUGACCCACGUGGGCUUCACGGACCUGCCCAGCCGCCUGCCCACCCAGUCCAGCACGCUGUACUCCAACAACAUCACCAAGCUCAUCCGCGCCAUCAGCCCCGGCACGGACAACUUCCACUUCAACGUGAAGGAGGAGUUUGACUACGGCACCAUGGACCACGUCAUCCGCGGCUCCGUCGUCAUGCAGGACGGGAGGAACCUGUUCCCGGCCCCCCAGCCCAACAACCUGCCCGUGGCCGCGCCCCCCAAGUCCAAGAGUGUGAAGGAACUGGCGGCGGAGAAGGCUGCCGAGGUGUCCCCCUUCAGGACCAACCUCACCACCGCUAGCAUUUACACUGGAGGCUUUGGCACCCUGCUGGGCCUGGGCCUCUCCGCCCCCAACGCGGGCUUCACCCAGAUGGUGACGGUGUUCGGGCUGGCGGGCAUCGUGGGCUACCACACGGUGUGGGGCGUCAGCUCGGCCCUGCACUCGCCGCUCAUGUCCGUCACCAACGCCAUCUCAGGUCUGACGGCCGUGGGUGGUCUGUCACUGAUGGGCGGCGGCUACACCCCCACCAACACCGCCGAGACGCUGGCCGUGCUCGCGGCCUUCAUCUCCUCCGUCAACAUCGCCGGUGGCUUCCUGGUGACCAAGAAGAUGUUGGACAUGUUCAAGAGGCCCACUGACCCCCCGGAGUACAACUACCUCUACCUGCUGCCCACCGGGGUCUUCGUGGGGGGCUACGGUGCGGCGUUGCAGGCGGGGUACAACAUUGAACAGAUGAUGUACCUCGGCUCGGGGCUGUGCUGCGUGGGGGCGCUGGCCGGCCUGUCCAACCAGAAGACGGCCCGCCUGGGCAACGCCCUGGGCAUGAUGGGCGUGGCGGGGGGCAUCGCGGCGGCCCUGGGCUACCUCAAACCCUCCCCCGAGCUCCUGGCCCAGAUGAGCGUGGCCAUGGCGGUGGGCGGGACGGCGGGUCUGGGCAUCGCUAAGAGGAUCCAGAUCAGCGACCUGCCGCAGCUGGUGGCGGCCUUCCACAGCCUGGUGGGCCUGGCCGCCGUGCUGACCUGCGUGGCCGAGUACAUGAUCGAGUACCCCCACUUCGCCACCGACCCCGCCGCCAACUUCAUCAAGAUCGUGGCCUACAUGGGCACCUUCAUCGGGGGCGUGACCUUCAGCGGCUCCCUGGUGGCCUACGGAAACUGCAAGGGCACGCUGAGCAGCGCUCCCCUGGCCCUCCCCGGCCGCCACGCCAUCAACGCCACCCUCAUGGCCGCCAGCGUGGCGGGCAUGAUCCCCUACAUGAUGGACCCCAGCUACCUGACGGGCAUCACCUGCCUGGGCUCCGUGUCCGCCCUCUCCGCCAUCAUGGGGGUGACCCUGACCGCGGCCAUCGGGGGGGCCGAAUACCGCCCCCCCCGGGGGGCCCCGCCCCCCACCCCCCAUUGCCAGUGGUGCUGGUGCCACAGCUACUCCGGCUGGGCCCUCUGCGCCGAGGGCUUCCUGCUCAACAACAACCUGCUGACCAUCGUGGGGGCCCUCAUCGGCUCCUCGGGGGCCAUCCUGUCCUACAUCAUGUGUGUGGCCAUGAACCGCUCCCUGACCAACGUGAUCCUGGGGGGCUACGGCACCUCCUCCACCGGCUCAGGCAAGCCCAUGGAGAUCACGGGCACGCACACGGAGGUCAACGUGGACCAGACGGUGGAGAUGAUCAAGGACGCGCAGAGCAUCAUCAUCACCCCGGGUUACGGCCUGUGUGCUGCCAAGGCCCAGUACCCCAUCGCCGAGCUGGUCAAGAUGCUCUCUGAGGCCGGCAAGCAAGUCAGGUUCGGGGUCCACCCGGUGGCUGGACGUAUGCCAGGGCAGCUCAACGUGCUGCUGGCGGAGGCCGGCGUGCCCUACGACAUCGUCCUGGAGAUGGAGGAGAUCAACGACGACUUCAAAGAGACUGACCUGGUUAUGGUGAUCGGGGCCAACGAUACGGUGAACUCCGCCUCCCAGGAAGACCCCAACUCCAUCAUCGCCGGCAUGCCGGUUCUGGAGGUGUGGAAGGCCAAGCAGGUGGUGGUGAUGAAGCGUUCUCUGGGUGUCGGUUAUGCCGCCGUCGACAACCCCAUCUUCUACAAGCCCAACACCGCCAUGUUGCUAGGCGACGCCAAGAAGACCUGCGACGCACUCGCGGCCAAGGUGCGGGAGAGCCACGACCAAUAGGAAGACCCCCCCCCCCCCCAUACCCAAAUCACUCAGUCCUCCAAUCAGAGCGGAGCAGGUGUUGUAGGAGGGGCAGGAGGAAGAAGGUGGAGGACAACAUGGUGUAUCUAGUUUAUUUUUAUUUUCCCAAAUAAAUUCUGUAGUACUUUUGCUGUUGGAAACAAAGCGUCUGGAACAUGGGUGGAGGUGCGGCUGGUGGUGUUCCUGUGGAAGCGUCGAUACAGCUUUUGUUUUGUUUUCCCCACAAAGCUACUCCUUCUGCCUAGUGCUUAUUGGAUAGGUUUUAGUUUUUGUUUGCUAGAGGUCUAAAUAAGGGAGCUUCAAUGUGGAGCCUCUGUCUGCUCUUAGAAAGGAAUUCAGUUUUUUAAAACUGCUAGCGGCGAAAUAUAAAGAUUGUAGCGUUGAUGUUUUCAACCGUAAAAACGUCUCCCGAGCCCCCCCUUACUUUGAUUUAGCAUUAACGAUGAUAGCAUUAAUUGUUGAGUCCCUUUUAAACUCGAUAACAAAACUUUCGCUCAAAACUACUCCACAUCCAUUAACGCUUUUGUAAAGGUGAUCUUUUGUGAAUAGUUUUGUAUGCUAGUUUUGUAUUCUGGCCUAAUUGAUCCUAUAUUUAGAUUGUCAAAUCACACUUUCCAGUCGUACUAUUGGCUGUUUUCCUUUUCAAUAGUUCUUAGAAUGUAUCCCUUUGUGCCUUGCCUGUUGAACUGUAAAUCAUUUAUCCAAAAAUUAUUUAAAAUCCAUCCCGAGAUCGGUUUGAAGCCGAUCUCUAAUUAACUGAUAAAGUGUAGAGACCCACUUUCAGUCUUCUUGUCACUUUACGCCAGUAGCUCCUACUGUGUUGAACCCUUGCUGAUCCUUCGUGCCUGCCAUACGUUCUGUGGCGUCCAGUGGUGUUUUCAAGCUACGUUCCCCCUCUUAAUUCCCUAUUGCUCUCCAAUAGACAAACUUCCUUAUACUUCAGGGCUAUGAAGGAGAAGCACAUUUCAAGCAUGACUUAUCUGUUAGCUUAACCGUUUUGAAACGAUGAAGACUGUAGUCAGAGAUCGUUACUUAACAUGCGAGUGGGAGUUGAGCAGCCAUACAAGUAAGGUUUUAGUUUCUUAAUGGUAUACUUUAUGAAUCAAUCAAAUCUUUAUACAAUGUAUUAUCUAUUCAGCGUCAACAUUCCCCAGUGCCAUAUGUUCCUCUUUAUUGAUGACGAUAGACUUUUUGAAACUAUGCCGCACAAUAUUAGUUCUACUGUUUGUUACAUUUUAGUACAAGUACUGUAUGCUGUUGUUCACAGACCAGAAACUAUCUAACAUCGUAAUAUAUGGACGCUACUACUAAUUAUGUAGAAAACGACCAUUGCUCACAUCUGACCAAUCAGUAACUGACUGUCAUUGACCAAGGAUUACAUCCAACCAAUGACUUGUGUUUAACCACCCGUUGACCAACACCCACACCUUUUAUAACCUCAGUUUGAUUCUGGCUUUUUAGUUAAUUUGUAAAGCUUAGAGCAAUGGAGCUAAAAGCUUAGAGCUUAUAUACUCCUUAACGAGUGACCUAAAAGAGGAUUAUGCACACUCAUCUAAUUCAAUCAAAUCGCCAAAUUUGCACAUGAACUAUUGGCUUAGGCUGUUGAAAGUUAAUUGACAUAACGCAUAGAAUAGGAAGCGUUGUCCCCCGAUGGAUUGUAUUUUUCUAGAGAAGCCCUACUUGGAUGUUGCUGCGUUGAUAUUUGAUACUAUGGAUUUGUGUGACCAGUAGAUGCAUGUCAAUUAGGUGAAUUAAAUGUACUGUGAAUGUAGUUUUUAAUUCACCGUCGACCUCUGUAAUCCCUAAUAAAACCCUCAAGUGCACAUGAUUUGUCUUUGUUAUUUUG